AUGGGUGACUGCACGAACUGGGCUCCGCACAAGGUUGCCACUGUGGCGAAGGUAGGGCAACGGUGGCGCUCUGUUCGGAGCAUGCUUCUUUCACUGUUUGCCUAUUUUGUGUUUCUUUUGGGGAGUUCAUGGCCUGCAGCCGGACCGCUCCUCGCGGGAGCAGCUGAUGUAUCGGUAGAAGGCGGCCCUGAAAGACUGACACCCACAGCAUCAGGGGCUUUGGCCCAUACACUGAAACUGUUAAAUCCUUCUUCACCAGCAGUGCGCGCCUUAAGGGCUAUCGAGGAACAGAGGAAUCAACAGGAACAGGACCCGAUACCUGUUUGCUCCCAGUCGAAGUAUCUCUGCCAAAUUUACACUUUGCACGGCGCUUUGCCGGAUCGCCAUCGCGUAGCUGACGCACAGAAUGACUGGCUCAGUAGAGCUUAUGGAGUGGCACAGCAAAGGUCAGCUCUUGGCUUUCGAUCCUCUCGUAGACGCCGGCGGCUAGCGAGCAUCCCCUUCAAGAUACCUGCGCAACUACAGCAGGAGAUGACCAACUCUCACAAGCGCAGCGGGAUACCUGGCGGAACGAGCUCAAGGACACCCGUUUUAGUUGAACGUCAGUCCAUAAGUAUCCCUAGCUUCACUCAGGUGCCCCAAUCGAGCGGGCGUGGGGGAGUCUUUCUUCCUCUACGGGUGCAAACCUUCUUUUCUGACUUUCCUCACUUGCUGGAGGGUAAUGUCUCACACAGUCUGAGCGUCCAGCGGCUGCAUGCAUUGGCGGCAAGAGAUGUAGCGGGGAGGCGCAUCGCUGCAUCAAGCGGUUCCUCACUUGAAGUACAAUCAAUCGAUAACUCCGUUCAUUCCAGCGACGGCAACAAUGCAGCCAAAGAGAGGCACAACACUGCCGAGCGGUUCAAAGACGUGCGUCGUUUCUUCCAAGUUGAAGUCGUACCCUCUGCCAUCUGGUGGCUUCAGCGGAUCGUUACUGUUGAUCGACUGCUUGGACCAUUGCUAAUCAAGCUUUCUGAUGAAAAGAACGAGAAGAGGCUUCGUAAUGCCGAUGAACCGGGGUCAACCGUUCUGUUUCACGCGCUAACACAAGUGUCGAUGCCGGCUACAGCAACUCCAGGAAUCCAAAGGGAUGGAGCGUUACACGCAACGGAAACUUCCCCAAUGAAAGAAAUGAAGCAGCACCCGCAACACCGUUUUUUUCUUACAACUCCUGGGGUAGUGAAUGCCAUUCAUCGUCACUGCGGCUACAGUGAUGUGCCUGGCUUGGAAGUCGCUCUAGAUAAGUCAGGCCCAAGCUUUUUCGGGCCAGUCUAUGGGCGUGAAGUACAGGAAGCCGGCUAUCGCCGGCGAGAAGAGCUUCCCACUGAGUGGCUGCUGGCUGCAAUGGAGGAUACAGGAUGGUAUUUGACUGAUGCCAUUUGGUCGACAGGAACUCCAGGUACAAAAUUAGAAGUACAAGGCAACUCCGGAUGCCGUUCCCGUGCUGACACCGUCAAUUUGCCUUCUCGGGCUUACAGCAAAAAGCAUAUGGAAGAAAUUCACCAUUCAUUUGGCGUCUCAGAAAGAGGGAAGCUCAAUGGGGGAGUGGCCCUCACAACAGCCGAAGCAUUGCAGAGGACUUUCGUGAACGACUCCGAAUACGAAUACUGCAUUUGCAAGCCUGGCACCUUUGGAAGGAACUGCGAAUAUGCUGACACAGAGCGGAACCGAGUGCGCUAUCCCAAUCGUUUUUCUUACGCUCCCAAUUCGAGCAUCACCGUCCUUAAGGGGAAGUUUUUUGCUAUUCCGGCCGUCGUAGACGGGCCGCACCAGCUUUACUUCAAGCCGGUUUCAAAGCUGCCUGCCGGCGUGGCGAUUGACUCGCGAACAGGUGCAAUAUUUGGGACCCCGGUUGCACCAACUAAAGGGUGCAUACCUCUGGCAAUAGAAGCACAGAUGCGGGAGAUGCCACAUGCAGCGGAACGCACUUUAAUCCGAAUAAACGUCGUUGAACACCUGUUGGUCCAAGGCAAGGCAAACGCCAAGACUGACAUCCUGCCAUUUAACGAAGGCCCACAACGUGCCUCCGUAGCAUCGCUACAUCAUGAGGAUAACGGUCAACCGCAUAUACACGAAACAGGCAAUGCGGGCUUCACUGACUUGGAUAUAGGGAAUCCAAGGGACUGUGAGCGUUAUGUGGACGGCGACAUGCGAGAACAAUCUGAAGCUCGCAACGCUGUCUGA